CUGUCUUCUCCGGCAGUAUCACGUGAGUAUCUGGCUAAGAUACACGUCAAAAUGGCGUCUAAAAUUGCUGUUGUAACAGGUGCUAACAAAGGCUUAGGAUUUUCCAUAGUGAAAGGGCUUUGUUUUAAAUUCGAUGGCGUAGUAUAUUUGACGGCGAGAGACGAAAAAAGAGGCUUAGAAGCUGUAGACAAGCUAAAAGCUCUAGGCUUACAUCCCGAGUUUCAUCUGCUUGACGUAAGUAACGAAAACAGUGUUAAAAAUUUCGCUGAUUACAUCAAAACAAAACAUGGUAGAUUAGACGUCCUAAUAAAUAAUGCUGCAAUACUAGAAUGGAAUGAAAUUUAUCCAACAUAUGACGCUGCAAAACGUAAUAUUGACAUAAAUUAUCGGAGCUUAUUAACUAUCGAAAAAUGGUUAUACCCAUUGUUAACAGAUGGCGCUAGAGUUGUAAAUGUUUCCAGCGCAUGUGGACAUUUAUCAAAUUUAAAAAAUAAAAAAUGGCUUGAAAUACUGCAAAAAAAGGAUUUAACAACAAAAGAAAUCAACGAUUUCGUCGAAGAAUAUCUUGAAAGUGUACGAAAUGGGACAUUUAAUAAAGAUGAUUUUGCGGAUGAUGGCAAACAUGCUGAGCAUAGAGUUUCGAAAAUGGCGAUGACAGCUUUGACUAUGGUUCAGCAGAGAAAAUACCAAGAUAAAAAUAUUUCUAUAAAUGCUGUUCACCCCGGACAUGUAAAAACCGAUAUGGCAGAUGGUGGAGGAGAUUUAGAAGCAGAUAAAGCAGCCCAAACAAUACUCUAUCUAGUAUUGGAUGCUUCUCCAAAUAUGAAAGGUGUCUUUUUAUGGCAUGAUAAAAAAAUUGUUGAUUGGUAUGAUUAUGAAGGAGAUUAUUUUUGUAAAGAUGUUUGGUAACCGCCUUC